AUUCAAUAAAAUUUUUAGACUCGAAAACUUUUAGAAAAUUCAAUAUGGACAGGGUUACAGUUCCGGUUUUGUUCGAGAUAUGCAGCUAUCUUCAGUUCAAGGAGAUGGUGUGCCUCGCGAGGAUGAAUAAACACUAUAACAUCAAGAUGAUGGACAAAAUAUUAAUAAUAUUCUCAGAAAGAGAGGCCCAAAGGCUCCUAUUUUCGAAGUGAAGUCUUCUCAGGAAUCCAUUCGUAGAGCAGGAGGAAGCCAAGACUACUCUGAAGAACAAUGGCUGGUUUGAGUUCCUAAAGUGCCAAGUCCAGACUAGAAAAUGGCUGAAGAUCAAAUUGUGGAACGUCCUUCCCUCUGUCUUUGGUGACUUUAAUGACGAUGAGGCUAAUAAAUAAACUAAUUAUCAAGAUUGUGCAGGAAAUUAAAAGACCAAGUGAAAGUCCACCAAAGCUUAUGAAGACAAGUAAGUCUGUCUCCUUGAGAACCUCCUUUCAGACAUUGCUAUACUGACAUGUGGAGAUUGUCAAAUAGCUUGAACUCUGGUGAUAUUACAAUUCCACCUGUUAUUGCAGCUAAAAUAUGUGAAAAUUCUAACAUUUUUGCCCAGGAAAUUAUUGAAAACGGUGAAAAGAUCUGGUUAGAAGAUUUCAGAUGGUACAGGAAUAAACUUGAUGUCAGAAAAUCCCCAAAAUCAAGCAUCUUAUGUCUCCUGUUCUGCAUUGAGGGGUUCAUCAAGUGUCAUUGAGAAGUCGCAUGAAAAGUUAUACAAACAAAGGAAAGCACAGAGAGCUUCUUAGACGAGUACGGCACUCGAUGGAUCUCAUACUCUGACUUAAUAAUGAGCAUGGAGGAAGAAUUCUCAUUUAUUGAAUUAGCCAUUAAUUCUGUGUAUGAUGACCCAAUGAUUAAAAAGAAUCGAAAAUUGAAGGAAUUUAUACCUAAAUACUCCAUCCUCCGUAUGAUGUGAAGAAUCUGGGGUAAAUAUGUUAUGAAAAAGGUUAUUUCAACCUUCAUUACAAAGAUUGAGCAAAUUUUGGCUCAAUACCAUGCAAAAAUAAUUGAGUUUGCUCAGAAUUUUGACAAAUUUUCAGGGGUAAAGUCUAUUUCUUCGACAGUUAGAAACAAGUCCACUUUAGACAUGGUAUUGCGGGAUUUAUUAAUCCAAUCGGUUCAAAUGAUAAUUGAUAUCUCCCUGAAUGAGAUAAGUAUUCAUUAUAUUGACAGCACAGAGGCGACUUUUAGCAACUUCUACUCCCAGGUUGAAGGAGUCAUUCUAGAUUCUUGUAAAUAAUUUCUACAGUGAAAUUCAAAAGUAUGUGAAUCCACAAGCCUUCAGAUUAAUUUCAAACUCACAUUUCCGUGAGAUCAAGGGGAUAUUCCCAACGUGUACCCAGAGAAAAAUGCAUGAACUGAUGAUGUCCAAGAAUAUUAGCUUCUGUGAAGAGAAACUCAACAAAUAUUAUAAUGAUUUUGUAGAUGGGGACCAAGACGAAAAUCUCAAAUCGCGACUCGAGAUGCUCAAAGAUGAUAAUGACAUCUGCAAGCGAAAGUCUAAGCUGUCUAGUCCAGAUUUCUUUCAUAUCAUAUUUGGGGAACAAGAGAAACAGAGGAUCUUCAUAUCUAUAAAGCUCAUUGUUCGGGACUAUGGUUUAAAACAUAUUCUUGAUAGGAUAGAUAGUGAUGACAGCGAUUAUGAUUCACUUAGUGAUGAUAAUGAAGAAUCGAAAUUUGAAUCUAAUUACAAGUGUAAAUUCUACAAAAAGCCUGUGCUCUUGAGUGACGCCUUACUUAGUACCGAAGAGAAGGAGAAAAUUGCUUUGUUUUAUAUCCACUUGGUCUCCAUCGACAAGGAAAUCAUCUCACUUCUGAAUGAAAUCGAUAAUAACUGGAAAACCUCUGAACAGGAGUACAUUCAUGCCGAUCAUGUCAUCGCGAGGGAUAAUGUCACAGCCAGGAUACCCGAGCAUCUAGAUGAAGAGGACAAGAAGAAAUUUGAACUAAUUAAACAACAUUCUGUAUUCCCAAACGAGCAAUUCUACGAGAAGUAUGUGAAAGAGGAUGAGCAAGAGAUAAUCAAAAGAGAGAGCUCCGAUAUAAAUGGCAAGCAGGAGGGGCUACUGGAUAUUGACCUUGACUUAGACGAUGACAGUUACGCAGAUGAGUUUGAUGAUGAUGAUCUGGACUCGUUGUUGCUGUCGACUAGUUCGAUCCCACAAUUGGAGAGAUCGUAGUAAUGAGAGUGUAGGUGGAUGUUUUGGAAAAAUAUUUAAAGU